AAGGAGCAGCCUCGGAGGCUCGGCUGCGUGUGCUGCUGCUUCUCGUCCCAAGACGAAGUCUUCAGAGCAACUUCCCUUCCUUGGCUGCUGAAACGCUUUUUCCCGUGGCUGGAAAGAAGUGUCACAUUUUGCUCACUCCCAACUCUUCUCCCCCACGCCCUCCCAGAGAACGUGAGCGCGUGUGGAGGGGGUGCAGCAGCCCCCUCCAGCCUCGGGUGACUGCCGUAACUUUCAGCUCCUCUCACUGUAACACGAUGAAGUUCCUCAGGGAGCCCAGGAGCCGGACAGCUGCUGCUCUGCCUCUUUGCUUGCUCUUCUUGAAGAUUCUGCAACCAGGGCACAGCCACCUUUAUAGCAACCGCUAUGCUGGUGAUAAGGUGAUAAGACUUAUUCCCACUACAGAAGAGGAAGCAUAUGCACUGAAGAAAAUAUACCACCAACUCAAGGUGGACCUGUGGCAGCCCAGCAGUAUCUCCUAUGUCUCAGAGGGAGCAGUUACUGAUGUGCAUAUUCCCCAAAACGGUUCCCAAGCCUUGUUAGCCUUCUUACAGGAAGCCAACAUCCAGCACAAGAUCCUCAUAGAAGAUCUUCAGAAAGCACUGGAAAAGGGGAGCAGUUGGCGAACCCAGAGAAAUCGAAGAUCCCUCUCUGAAUAUAAUUAUGAAGUUUAUCACUCCUUAGAAGAAAUUCAAAAUUGGAUGCAUCAUCUGAAUAUAACUCAUUCAGGCCUCAUUCACAUGUUCUCUAUCGGAAAAUCGUAUGAGGGAAGACCUCUUUUUGUUUUAAAGCUGGGCAGAAGAUCACGAGCGUACAAAAGAGCCGUCUGGAUGGACUGUGGUAUUCAUGCAAGAGAAUGGAUCGGUCCUGCCUUUUGUCAGUGGUUUGUAAAAGAAGCUCUUCUAACAUAUAGGAGUGACCCAACCAUGAGAAAAAUGUUGAAUCAUCUGUAUUUCUAUGUCAUGCCUGUGUUUAACGUUGAUGGAUACCAUUUUAGCUGGACCAACGAUCGAUUUUGGAGAAAAACAAGGUCAAGGAACUCAAGGUUUCGCUGCCGUGGAGUUGAUGCCAAUCGUAACUGGAAAGUGAAAUGGUGCAAUGAAGGGGCAUCUAUGCACCCUUGUGAUGAUACGUACUGUGGACCUUUCCCAGAAUCCGAGCCAGAAGUGAAAGCCGUAGCUAACUUCCUCCGAAAACACAGGAAGCACUUUAGGGCUUACCUCUCCUUUCAUGCAUAUGCUCAGAUGUUGCUGUAUCCCUACUCUUACAAAUAUGCGACAAUCCCCAAUUUUAGCUGUGUGGAAUCUGCAGCUCAUAAAGCUGUGAAUGCACUUUGGUCAGUAUAUGGGGUACGGUAUAGAUAUGGACCUGCCUCCAGCACAUUGUAUGUGAGCUCUGGUAGCUCAAUGGAUUGGGCCUACAAAAAUGGAAUACCCUACACAUUUGCUUUUGAACUGCGUGACACUGGGCACUUUGGAUUUUUACUCCCAGAGAUGCUCAUCAAACCCACCUGUACAGAGACCAUGCUGGCUGUGAAGAAUAUCACAAUGCACCUACUAAAGAAGUGUCCCUGAGAUGGCCCAAGAGUCAGGUCAACUGCCAGAGAAAGAACUGAUACUGUGCAAGAGCUAUGUGGCAAUGGGUGGAAAUUGACGUAAAGAGAAAGACAACUGCUUAGAGUGAACAUAUGUGUGGACUUCAAAAGGACCUUCUCAUGCAAUUCAACUCUCUGUGGCAAUAAAAAAUGAUUGAAAAAAAGAGAGAGAGAGAGAGCUUAGCCUAGUUUGUUGUAAGAGAAAGCAUCCAUUUUAUAUCCCUUUAGAGUCUUAUUUGAUUAAGGGGGGAGGAGAUAUUUUUAAAUUCUUUUGUCUCAAGAAAUGUACAAAUUGAGGAUUUUGCUUCAAUAAAUCUCAUGUUUUCAAUUAA